AUGUCCAUCAAAAUUGCGCUGGAUAACCAGCCCGAGUUCUACACAAACCUCGACGUCGUCUCAGGCAAGGUAUUUCUGACUUUGCCCAAAAGCGAGCAGAUUGGCAGCAUUGUCGUCAAACUUGAAGGAGAGUCCGGCACAGCUCUACAGGUCCCAAGAAACUACGGCUACGAACCGGCCACAGCUCGAGCUGGUCCGCCACCGGGGCCUCCGGGCAGCAUCGUGGGCGAAAACCACAAGAUCCUGUACAAACUAGUAAAGGUUUUCCCAACCGAUUACUACGAAAGCUCAUCCAGUCCGUAUGGAUCGUAUCCCCUCGAACCCGGCCAGCACCAGUUCCCCUUCACGUUCAAGCUGCCCAUCAACAAUGCCUGCAGUAAUCCCGAAGCUAUGGCCAGGAUUGGCGGCCUAGGUGGUGUUGGAGGCUAUGGAUCAGGCGGCGGCCUCUUUGGGCUGGGCGGAGUCCGUGUCAUGGACGGUUCGAAGCAGCUGUUUCUGCGACAUGUUACCGCGACUCUUCCUCCAUCCCUGACGGGCUUUCCUAUGCAAGCAGAGAUUCGAUACUAUAUCAAGGUCACAAUUCAGCGGCCUGGACUCCUAAAGGAAAACUGGCGCUACCACAUCGGAUUCAAAUUUCUACCCAUCGAACCGCCGCGACCCCCCAUCACUGGUCAGGAAGCUUUUGCUCGACGGCCGUUUUCCUUUACGCCAAGGAUCAAGGGACAAAAGAAGAAGAGCUCGCUAUUCAGCAGCAAAAAGGCCAAUGAAGCUUUGGCCGCUGCUGAAGGUGAUUCUCCCACGCCACCAUCAGUAGAGAUUUCAGCCCGUCUGCCACAUCCUUCAAUUCUCACGUGCAAUAAGCCUGUUCCCCUCCGGCUCAUCGCAAAGAAGCUCGUAGACAGCAGUGAACAAGUCCACCUAAUAUCGCUCCAGAUGGACCUGAUUGGCGUGACGGAAAUUCGUGCGCAUGGACUGUUCCAUCAAAAAGUCAACCGCUGGGUUGUCGUCUCCUACACAGACAUCAACAUCCCAGUAUGCGCUCCGGGGGAUGAAGUUGGCAAAGAAGUAACGCUUCCAGACGAUCUCUGGAGAAGCAGGCCGCUUCCCAACACCGUUGCUCCUUCUUUCAACACUUGCAACCUUACUCGAAAAUACGAAAUAGAACUCAAGAUAGGUGUGAGCUGGGGUGAUCCAAAGGCGGGCUCCAUGACGAGAGACGCCUUUUCGCUGCCCCAGACCAUCUUUCUACCUCUUCAUUUCGCAAACGUCGAAGUCUUUUCUGGCAUCACACCUCCUCCUGAGCUUUUGAAAGCUGCUCGAAAUACACGACCGGGUGAAGUAACCAUGUCUCGACCUCCUCGUCUACCUCCCCGGCUUCCUGUUUCCGAGGCCAACGGUCCCAACGCCGCUGCCAGACCUCCUCAACGACGGCCGAGCCAGCCGAGCCAGCCAUCUAUGCCCCCCCGACCUCCUCAAGAUCCUCUAUACCCUCCACAACUACCACCUGGCGACAUUCCGGCUUACGAGGACGUACCACCACCAAGCUAUGACGAAGCCAUGGCAGAGAACUUAUCAGGGCCGUUUGACGGCUUGCGGCCCCGACCAGCUUAUAGCGGCGUAACAAAUGAGAAUGCGCCUAGUCAGAUGCCAGAAAAGAGCUAG